AUGUCGUCAGACGAUUAUCAGGUGCAGAAUAUUUAUCGAUAUUCGAGGAAGACGUAUAAGAAGAAUCGGCGGCAGGACGAUCAUGGGAGUCCUAGAGAGGAGGACGUGAUGGAGACUCCUAGGAGCGAGGUUAGGAGUGACGGGUACACCCUGGACUUGCCCGGGUGCAGCUGCGACGUGGAAACAGAAGGCGACAUCGCCAGCAUACUGCACAAGAAAUGCCCAGUCAUUUCACUAGCCCAACAACAACUGCAAAGACUGUUGGAUGGAACUGAUAAACUACUAUGUGACAAUACCAGAUGUUGCAGGUCAUUUUACGACUUCCUCUGCAUAUGCAGGGAGGCUAUGAUGACUCAUAACAAAUGUCAAUGCGCUCUGAUGAUCCUCAUUGCCCUGGCUUUCUUCCUGGGGUUGAUAUUCGGCGCGGCCUCGUGCGGAUCAUACCUCGGACGCUUCAACAGUCCCAUACUCGGAUGCAUCGACAGCUAUUUCAUUCCGAACUCAUAUCCCAACAUAAAAGAUUCGUUUCGAAGUGUUGUAUAA